AUGGUCAACAACGAACUACGUCGGCAGGUGAUCAACAUCUACAGAGAAGGUGUCUUUGGCGCUAAUGCCGGCAAAACCAGCACAGAGCUCCUCUGGCUCGGACGAGAGUAUCCCCUUGGAUUCCAGUAUUUCAGAGACCGGCUCCAUCGUGCGUUUGCGAGUCAAGCCAACCUUACGGACGAGGAUCAAAUUCGGAAAGGGAUAGCUCGAGCCGAGUUCGUGAAGAAAGAGGUCGAGGCUCUGUAA